AUCUGUUGAAGGAUGUCAUCAAAGGAGACAACGAGGCAAGGGGCCUCAGAAUCAUCUACCCAAAUGAUACUCAAAGCGUAUUUUGAUGAAGAUGGCGUCUUAACAGUGGAUUUCCCUCACACGGAACAGACGACGUGGUCUCACGCUACAAGGUGGACAUAUACACCUUCAUAUGGGAAAUGUAAAAUCGUACAUACACGAGAAGUUCAGGAAUAUUUGUGUCAGCUAAUGCGUUCUUUGAACAGAUUAGCCAAUGUGACGUUGGCGAGUUUGCAUAAUCCUGAAGGGAAAGUAAUACUUGUCUUCAAACAUGCCACAUUGGAUAGUGCCUUUAACACGAUCCUUGAAUUCCUUGAUGUGAGAAACAGGGUCUUAACGUUUCUACACAACGUGCAAAUACCCGUCGAGGAUAUGAAAGUGAGUGUUCAGUACGUUGGAAUAAAUCAACCGACGGAGCAGGAUGUCAAAGGGAACAAGUCUAUAAUUGAUUGGACGCCGAACCAUUCUCCACCUUACAAAGCAGAAACGCAAUGGGUCUGCAAAUCUGAUAGCACCAAUAUUUUGACUGAAGAUGAGGCACACAAGAGUCACUUAACCCGCUUCAAGGAAGAUAUUUGUCAAAAGUUUAGAGCCUUUUUGAGGAGAGUUUCGACUGGUUCCGUGAUAUUUACCUUCCAUCAUGAACACACAGAAGACGCUCUGGAGAUGGUCAGUAAACAUAGGGAAGUGACAGCCAUGAUCCUGGAGUGUCUCCAUGGGAUAGAUUCUACAGUGACGGACAUCCAGAUUCAGGUCCAGCUGCAAGACUUCAUAGAUCCUCGUUCACUGCCUGAACAUGGCGACCAGGAUAAAAGAUACGUGGACAAACAGGAACACGACAAUGUGGUAAAGGACCUGUCAGAACAAGUGGCAACCUUGACGCUACAAUUACAAGAGAUGAAGGAGAAGGAACGAGCACAACUGGCAGACAUAUGGUUGUGGAAGACGAGGCCAGGUUCUCCUCAGCCCUCAGAAAGCAGUGGAAUCUGUACAUCAACAAACACAAUGACAGAUGUUGGUGUUGAGGAGUUUCAGGAUACCACAGAUCUGUCAGAACCUGAAGACGGCCGCCGUCAAAAAGGGGGCGCCAGUAACCCACAGCACACGUCUGGAACCAUCACUGAUGUGAGAAGACAACCCGCAGACACGAGGCAGGAACUGAAGGCCACAAAGGAGAGGAUGCACAGACUUGAGAUCGCACACCGCAAAGCCUGGAGACGGAUGGAAGCACGGAGACCUGGACCUACACAGAAGUCUGAUGUACCCGCCACGAUCAAAGAGGGGGACACACGGAAGUAUGGAACCCGCUCCAGACCUGACACACGAGCGACACCGACACCCGCACGGAGAGACGCCCGGGCAGACGCCGACCUCCAUGCCGCCUGCAGGGAGGGGAACCUGGCGGAGGUGAAGCGGAUCCUGGACACAGGUCGGGCUGACAUCAACUGUAGAGGUGUGCUCGGGAUGACACCGGUGAUGGAGGCAGCGCAGUGGGGACACAGGGAUGUGGUGGAGUUCCUUGUGAGUCGAGGUGCUGAUGUGUCACUGGUGGACGAUGACGGUGACAACACCCUUCACUGGGCCUGUCGGGGAGGAGACAGGAAGACAGUGGAGUUUGUCCUGUCUCUGGACGAGCUGGACAUCAACAGUAGAGGAGAUGGGAGUUGGACACCGGUGAUGAGGGCAGCAUGGCUGAGACACAGGGAUAUGGUGAAGCUCCUUGUGAGUCGAGGUGCUGAUGUGUCACUGGUGGACGAUUACGGUGACAACACCCUUCACUGGGCCUGUGUUGGAGGAGACAGGGAGAUAGUGGAGUUUGUCCUGUCUCUGGACGGGAUGGACAUCAACGCCAGGAACAACGACGGGAAGACAGCGGCUGACGUGGCGAGAGACGGGCGACGUCAUCAACUGUCGGAUCUCCUGGUGUCACGUGGUACACAGUGAAGUGAAUGUAGUGUUGAUGUAGACAGUGAUGGAGGACAGGUCGUUACUGACACUGACGUGGUGUGUGCCGUUCACGACGUCACGUUGUUUAUAAUUCAGUAUGAAGGUGAGAAUAUUUGUUGUGUUUGAGGAGAAAUAAAACUUGUUGAGAACA